AUGGGUUAUUCGGCCAACCCAAGCACCAGUCACGUUGACCGUAGUGGUGCGACGUUGGCCAUAGUCUCGUUUAUGGCACUGGCCCUUUAUAAUGCCAUUGAGCUGAACAUUGUCAUCUUUUCCACGUUUCGACGAUUCAAGGGUCUUUAUUUCUGGAGCUUUUUCGCCGCCACCAACGGCAUCAUACCACACUCCAUCGGGUUCCUCCUAAAAAAUGUCGUCGGCUCGCACAAUUAUCCCAUCUACAUUACUCUCGUCGCUGUCGGCUGGGUACCAAUGGUUACCGGCCAAUCAUUGGUCCUUUACUCUCGUCUUCAUUUGAUUUUCUGGAACCGACUCUAUCUUCGACUAGUCCUUUCCAUGAUCAUCUCCAACAUAAUCACCCUUCAUACACCCAUCAUCAUCCUCAUGUACGGGUCCAACAGCUCCCUUCAUAACGCAUGGGUGCAUCCCUACGUCGUCUACGAAAAAAUCCAAGUUACCGUCUUCUUCCUACAAGAACUCAUCAUAUCGGCCAUAUAUAUCAAGUGUUGUUUCUCCUUUUUUAAUCUCCACGACAGUCUACAUGGGGACGGCGUGCGUAGGAUGCGACGCCACUUGCUAUGGGUUAAUGUUCUUGUUAUCCUUCUCGAUAUCCCCAUAUUGUGCUUGGAGUACUUGGACUUCUACGACAUGCAAACGGCAUACAAGGCGUUCGUGUACAGCGUCAAGUUGAAAUUGGAGUUCAGGAUAUUAAAUCAGUUGCUGGAAAUGACCAACGAGAGGCACAGCGCGGAUCCGUUCCGGGACAGCUCGAGCUUGCAGAUUCAGCAUGUGUCCUCGGCAUCCACGACCUGUCAGUCGCAAGGGUGA